AAGGAACGAAAGUUAUAUAUCUAUAUGUAUGGAUGUACAUAUAUAAGCGCGGUCGCCUUAGCAAAAUUAUUUUUAUGAGGACAUAAAUUUGUUGAAAUGCUUUUUAAAAACAUUUUUAAUAAUUACGAUGAGAAAACGCCACAUACAAACAAACAAUACAUGCACACAUACACAUACUUGAGUAGCUGAUGUGAAAGAGUAGGCGAAAAGCUGAAAAAUAAACACUUUGCCACAACAACAAACCGACUGUAGAGAAAAAAAGCAUAUGGGUUUAUAUAUGCAUGUACAUGCACCUAUAUGUAUGCAUACCUGUGUGUGUUUGUUUGUCUAAUGGAAGCAAUAACGAACAUCUGCAAAUACCGCAAAGCUACAGGGUAAUCGCCAGCGACUUCUUUAAAUUGCGAAAAAAGUUGCUUUGGACGAAAAUUCUCAAUGAAUGGCCAUCUUUUGAAAGAGGGGUGUGUGCACAGCGCUUGAAACGGUGGCCCAGUCUGCGCUGGGGGAUGCGAUGAGGCUGCGUGAGCGCAUUGCUCUUCGGCUGCUGUUGGCGCUCCUGCUGUGUGCGUGCCAUGGUUGGCGACCAGCCGCUUUGGCGUUGACAAAUACGCUCGCUGUGGCGGCCACCUCAGUCUCCAAAUAAUCGUGAACGCGCGAGCAUCAGACGGUAUAGCAAAUUGAAUUUUGAACUCGCUAAAGCAAAAACUAACGAACUCAGAUUUCAGUGUCAAUACAAUUGCUUAUAGAGCUUAUAUAGCCACAUAUAUUAUUAAAAACAAAGUGACAAAUUACCGUUAAUCUUGAAAACAUACUUCGUGAACAUUACUUCGGCCUGAGCGUGCGGUGCGGAUACUUCAGCGAAUGAUAAAUCGCGCAAAGUGGCUGUCAACACAUUGCAGGAAAGCCCGCUGGCAAUGUAAAAAUCGACGAACUCCACGCAGAGUGGAAAAAUCUGAUUUGUGCGAAGAAUCUUCUAAUUACUCGACAAUUAUAAAGUCGGGCAUCGACGCUGACACAGUUCAAUUGAACCGAAUCCCAAGUGGUGUGUUUCAACUCACAUUUCACGUCGAACUGGCUGUAACACCAUUUUGGAAAGCUUUUGCAACGAAAGAAAGGACGGCAAAAUGUCGCAGCCACUCAUCGUCCAAGCGGAGUACUCCUUUAAGGGCGGCAAUAAUGACGAAUUGUGCUUUAAGAAAGGCGACCUCAUCACAGUCACUCAGCGCGAGGAGGGCGGCUGGUGGGAGGGCACACUCAACGAUAAGACUGGCUGGUUUCCCAGCAACUAUGUUAACGAAUACAAGGCACCUUUGCCGCUCACAGAAACGAUACGACCACCAGAAGAGAUACAGGAGUACCGUUCCGUUGUGCUGAAAGAUCUGCUCGACUCUGAACGGGCACAUGUUGCCGAGGUUCAAGGUCUCCUGGAAAAUUUUCUCGAACCACUACAGCAGGCGCAAAUUCUCACUGCGGAUGAGUACGCCCAGUUGAUGUGUAAUUUCGUAGAAGUCGUUAAAACACACGAAGAACUACUCAAACAGAUGGAAGAAUGUAAUGAUCGGGUUGGUAAAUUGUUUCUAACAAAGGCACCGCACAUGAAACUGGUCCAUCAAGCCUACUGUGCAGCCCACCCAAAGGCCAUUGUCAUACUCGAUAAGCACAAAGAUGAAUUAGAGAAGUAUAUGGAGCGGCAAGGGGCUGCCUCGCCUGGUCUGUUGGUUUUAACAACGGGUCUCUCGAAACCUUUCCGCCGGCUAGAUAAAUAUUCUGCCAUGCUUCAAGAACUCGAGCGGCAUAUGGAGAGCAGCCAUCCGGAUCGAGGUGACACACAACGAAGUGUUGCCGUAUACAAGGAUAUUGCAGCGGCAUGUUCUGCUACAAGACGGCAGAAGGAACUUGAGCUGCAGGUGUUAACGGGGCCAGUACGCGGUUGGCAAGGACAAGAGCUGAGCACUUUAGGUGACAUAAUACACAUGGGCAGCGUUGCUGUCGGGCCGGAUCACAGAGAUCGGUACUUUGUGCUUUUCCCACAAACUUUGCUGAUACUCAGUGUUAGUCAAAGAAUGAGUGCCUUUAUUUACGAGGGGAAACUGCCUCUAACGGGUAUCAUUGUGAACCGUCUCGAAGAUAGUGACACAGUGAAAAAUGCCUUUGAAAUUAAUGGACCCUUGAUUGAGCGUAUCGUUGCUGUGUGCCAAGGGCCCAACGAAGCGAAUAGAUGGGUUGAGCUCUUAACUUCUGCAAAUCCAACUAUGCCAAUUGGUAUCAAACGCCAACUAAGCAACCUUAGCAAUAAAUCGAUGAGCGGUAGUAGUAGUGGGCAUGCACCUCAACCUCCACCACAUAACCCUCAUAUUUUAGAUGCGCGCGGUUAUAGUACACGUUUCUCGCUCUGCGCGUACUACGCUGCUCCUCCAUGCAAACCAUAUCGCAUAACAUUGCCUCCGAGUAACUACCCGCCCACCGCACCUUAUGCUAACCUAAGCGCACAUUUUGCCAAACUAGUAAAGACCGGGCGACUCAAGAGUACUUUAGUAAAAAUGCUGCUCUAUCCGCAAGCGCGGCAAAGUAUCGAUUUGAAGAGUAUACCCCUGCGUAGAAAACGUGCUCUCAAGUCUUCGGUAAAAAUGUAUAAGUCAAACCAUCAGGAUUUAGAUUAUUCCAACUCGUCGGAGCGUUCAGAAUUGGAGCGGCAGGAUGCCUUCGAAUUGCCUACUGACUCCGAAAGUGACGAAGACGAAGAUUAUGAGAAAUAUAGCGACCAUGAUUCCAGCGCCUUAGAAUAUGUAAAAUUCCACGCUAAUCGGCGCGAUUCGAUUGACGAGGCAGCAUCCGCUAACAACGUGGAGCUUACGAGGCGAAAGGAGCGUCAUUGUUCAUCUAUAAAUCUAAUCAAAUUAGAUACUGAUAGCAUGGAUGAUAGCGGCCAGCGCUCUGCUGGACCGGUUGCUCUGCAAAAAGAAUCACUGAUCAUCGGUUCAAAGGCAAUGCAAGCGCUGGUACGCAAAUCCACCGACAGUGUUAUCAUCCAUACAACAACAGCCCAUUUGGAUUUAUGUUCAAGCGGCGGCAUCACCAGUUGUCUGGAGGAGCUAUCUGAAGACAACACAAGUCUUCAGCAAAGCUUGCAACACCAAGCGUCCCAAACCUCGCAUGGCUCUUCUGUGUUUUGUGAGCGGUUUGGGGGUGCAUACGUUGCAUGUGAGAAUCUAACAAAAAUGUCAGAUGAAACCAAAAUAAAGCUCGUCGCUCAAGUCUCCGAUUCACCGCCAGAGCGCCAUAGCAUGCCGAACUUAUUUGUUGGCAAUCGCUUCAAUCGCAGCUCGAACACUGCCGUCUAUGUGCCAACUUGGCAAGAUCGUAAGGAGGCACACAAUUUGAGCGUUGACGCACUAAAACACCAGAGUUUAGAGAGCGACAAUGCUAGAUCCGACUAUGAUUAUGGUGACCACGAUGAUGAUGAUGAUGAUGACGGUGAUGAGGACGAUGUUACUCAUUCCAGUACGUUAGACUUGCCGGCGGAGUGCUUAACGGCCCCAGACAAAUUGCAGGCGGAGUUAUUGUACAAUUUUGAUGAGAGCUGCUUGGGAAGACAAACCAUGGCGGAGGAUUUCGACGACAUCAUAUCGCCGCCUUCGAUGUUCAAGCCACAGUUUCUUUUCGAUCAAAGUGCUCAGAGCAUUCAGAAGCGGGAUGGAGCGGCGACAAAAAAGAAUCAACCCGACACCGACGCAAUGGACGUUGCUGCUUUACACAAUAACCAGUCCUCCACUGAAUUGCAUAUUGUGCCCCAACGUGCCAGCGGAGGUUCCGACAGCAGUAAAGAAAAACGUCCUGGUUCCAUUAGGCGUUGUAUAAGUUAUCAGUAUGUCCAAAUGUCCAAUGCACAUGUCGAUCACACUCCAGCAACACACUCGUCGCCUAUCGCCAGCGAAAACAGUGGUUCAUCUAAUGGAAAUCCAAGUAUAAACAGUAAUCACUUAGAUCGCAACAUUCCCAUGGAACACACGCACCGCCACCAGCAACAAUUACGCAAAGAGAGAAACGAGUCCUCGAGCUCUAAAUGCAAAUGUUGUGAGAGUUCACAGUGUCCAAGUCCACGCUCCAGCGACUCUGGCAUGGCAGGCAGUUGCACCAUCACUUCACCCGAUCCACCUCAUGGAAAUUACUACGUUGGUGAAGACUUAGCCAUGUCAGAAACAUCCAAUUCCGACCCUAACGAUAUUUCUGAUCUCACACGCUUCGAUGUGUGCGGCAUGUUUCGGGCGAAAUUCCUCACACCUGAAGCCACCCAAGAUCUCAUAGAUAAUACUGACAGCAUAGAUCCGUUCCACCGUAUACAACAGCCUAAUGCCUCAACGUCAACCACCGCGUCGAUCAAAGGUGCGCCCAUUUCAACUAUAACAACCGCUGAGUUGCAAAUAUCCGCCAGUAGUACAACCAUUAAUUCUGUGGCUAGCAGUUCAAGUCACCAAAUGAUGACGAAUAGUCCAGCAAAUAUGCAGUUCUCAUCAAGUCUGGAUGACAUCGAUUCGCCAGCAACGGCAGGUCCGGCUGACGGUCCGCUAUUUCGUUCUGGCAUGUAUGCACAUUGGUGGAAGAAGGAAAAGUUACCAACGGCGGUGGUGCGUGGCAUCGCAAAGGCUUUGCAAUCACCUCAGCUAAGCAAGGAAUCGCGUUGUUCCAGAUGUUCCAGCUGUGCCAGCUGUGUGUCUGGUGGUGGCAGUGGGUUUAGUGAAGGCACAGCCUACUCGUCACUAUGCCGAGAAUGUGUGUGUUUCUGUAGGUCCAACUCAGGUGGUGAGAAUAGUACCAACACCACAACAACUACUUCCAUGGUGCAAUGUCCAUUGUGUUCGGCGGACGAUGGCGGUAUUUCCGAUAAUAAAGCAUCUUCGACAACUCACAGCGAGCGUGCAAGUCGGUCAUCUUUUGUUAAUGUAGGCGCUGUUACUGCAACCACAUCCAGCACUUCAACCGUUUCAAGUCCGAGUAGUUCGCUGGAUUGUCCAAUUUGUAAAGGUCUCAUAACACGUGGCGACUCCUUAAGCUCUCUUCAGAUGGCAGAUGAUGAUGGUGCUAAAUGGGCCGAAGGAAAUGCAGGCGAUCCCAGUUCUUCACAUUUAUGCGCGAACUGCUCCGAUUCCAUUAUAGAAGGCAAGCAAUCUUUAUUGACACACGCGUGCCUCCCCGGCCGCUUGAUAGCUGCCACUUGCUCUUUGCGGGCAGGUGUCAGCGUAGACGGCGCUGGAUGGGCGUGUGCGAAUUCAAUUGUGUUUACCUUGAUUAACAAGCAUUUUGUGAUUUCUUUUCGGUUGGCAUUUGACUUGUGCGCGAGUUGAGCGCUUUCAUUAACGGCUUAAUGGCCAAUACUAAGUAGUUUCACUAGUGUUACUGCAAAAUCAACCAACCACUAGUAAAAGUGUUAAAAUUUAUAAAUCAAUACGAAAAUUCUUAUCCGCACAGAGUUUAUAAGCAAUAUUUGUAUGAAGAAAUAGUUUCAAUUGUGUAACGCUAGUGAUAACUGAAAACCGCGCAGUUCCCUUGAGUAAUACCCUAACUGUUGACUUAACUUGAUGCAUUCUGCUUUUUGUUCAAAUUCACGUCAUCUGCUUGUCUUCAUCAUUCAUCAAACAAAAACAAAGUCAAAAUCACAACCAACUCCACCAAAUCAUGCUGAGUUGAAAACAGUUUCGAUCUAAGAGAAAUGAACAAUCUUCACCAUUGCCACACUACACCACUUCGCCACCGCAUUUGCUCGUUUCGCUUGCUUGCGCUAUGUAUUUAGCUGUGACAGUGGUUGCAUCCGUGCGAAAACUAAACUAAACAAAUUAAUUAUGAAAACCAUAAACUAAAAAAAAUAUGAGAAAACAAAAAAACUAACUGAAGCAAAUUUUUGAAGCAUUUUUAAUUUCUCUGUUGGUAUUAAUUGCGUCGAAAAUGUUUGGAAACUAACAAAAUUGUG